CUACAUGAUGGGACCCUAUUUUCUAAAAAGAGAGACAAGAUGAAAGACCAUGGAGAAUCGUUUCACGGUUCCUUCAAACGGAUCAAACAAGAAGAUCAAACGCAAAGCAAACUUGAGAAGAACGUUACUCUUUUCGAUCAAAGACUAAAGUCAGAGAACGUCAAGUUGAUUAAACCUGAUGUUCAGCUUCACCUUGAUACUAAGGCCCAUUCUGAGACAAAUGACGAUCGUCAGACAUACCUGGACCUUGAGCUAAACCUUUCUUCGUCGUCAAGUUCCACUAUUAAAACAAUUAUGAAGAAAGACGAAUCAUCAAAAGGCAAAUCUGUAAUCACGAGCCCAAGUAAAAAGAGGAAAUCAAGUGAUGGAGGGCUAAGUCAAUCCCCGUCUUGGCUAGCGUUUGAAGGUGAUGAUGAUGAGAAGAAACAAGAGAUGGUAACAACGGUGUGCAUGAAGUGCCACAUGCUGGUUAUGCUCUGCAAAUCAAGUCUUGUGUGUCCCAACUGCAGAUUCACGCACCCUAGGGAUCACAGCUCCACAAAAAACUUUUAAGAGUUUGUUUAAGUUUCUUUUUUUUUUGUUAGGCUUUGCCCUUUUAAGGUAUGUAUGAUGAUGAUUCGAAUUAAUGUAUGUAAAUACAAGUAAUGAUAAUUAAUAUUCUAUGCUUAUGUAUG